GGACCGAGCGGGCGGCUGCAGCCCCGGAGCGGCCGGGCCGGCGGGGGCCGCUUCCCCGUCUCCACUGCGGACCAUGUUCGCCAAAGGGAAGGGGUCGGCGGUGCCUUCGGACGGGCAGGCCAGGGAAAAGCUGGCCCUCUACGUGUACGAGUAUCUGCUGCACGUCGGGGCGCAGAAGUCCGCGCAGACGUUUCUGUCGGAGAUCCGAUGGGAGAAGAACAUUACGCUGGGAGAGCCCCCCGGCUUCCUCCAUUCCUGGUGGUGCGUGUUCUGGGACCUGUACUGUGCGGCCCCGGAGAGACGGGACACCUGUGAACACUCGAGCGAAGCCAAGGCCUUCCACGACUACAGCGCAGCAGCAGCCCCCAGCCCCGUGCUGGGGAACAUCCCUCCAAACGACAGCCUGCCCGGUGGCCCCAUCCCUCCCGGCUUCUUCCAGGGUCCGCCUGGCUCCCAGCCCUCGCCCCACACACAGCCUCCUCCUCACAACCCCAACAGUCUGCUGGGACCUCACAGUCAGCCGUUCAUGUCUCCCCGCUACGCUGGAGGUCCCCGACCCCCCGGCCCCCGGAUGGGCAGCCAGCCUCCAGGAGCUGUCCCCGGGACCCAACCCCUGCUGCCCAACUCCAUGGACCCCACGCGGCAGCAAGGUCACCCCAAUAUGGCAGGCUCCAUGCAGAGGAUGAACCCCCCACGAGGGAUGGGGCCUAUGGGCCCCGGCCCCCAGAACUACGGCAGCGGCAUGAGGCCUCCCCCCAACUCGCUGGGUCCCGCCAUGCCUGGAAUGAACAUGGGUCCGGGCGCUGGCAGGCCGUGGCCCAACCCCAACAACGCUAACUCGAUCUCCUACUCCUCGUCCUCACCCGGCAACUACGUGGGACCCCCUGGCGGCGGCGGCCCACCUGGAACGCCCAUCAUGCCCAGCCCUGCAGAUUCCACAAACUCCAGCGACAACAUCUACACAAUGAUUAACCCCGUCCCGCCGGGGGGGAACCGGUCAAAUUUCCCGAUGGGCCCGGGGUCGGAUGGGCCGAUGGGAGGCAUGGCUGGGAUGGAGCCUCAUCACAUGAACGGGUCAUUAGGGUCAGGUGACAUUGACGGACUCCCCAAAAAUUCCCCAAACAACAUCAGCGGCAUUAGCAACCCCCCCGGCACCCCACGGGAUGACGGAGAGCUGGGCGGCAGCUUCCUCCAUUCCUUCCAGAACGACAACUACUCUCCCAGCAUGACGAUGAGCGUGUGACGCAUGUCCGGACAGCAGAGCUACCGGCAGGAAGAACCCAGAAAUUAUGCAAGAUGAAAGCGGUCGGUCGGAAGAGGCGGGGUGGGGCGAGGGGGGCGUGUUGUCCCACCC